AUGAGUGGCAACCAAGAGAAUUUAUCUUCUGAGCUCAACAAAUGGACAAAACAAAUGCUCAUUGAGUAUAUCCUCAAGAGGACCAUACCUCCUUAUGUAAAAUUGAGUGAUGACCUGAUGUCUCCUCUUCAGCCGACCCUACUAGUGUUGCGCUCAUCCUCAAGGAAACAAUCCGCCUCCCAGGUAUCUGUGAAGACUGAUCCUGUCAAUACUGUCAGCUCCCCCGUUAUAAAAUCAAUACCAGCCAAUCUUGAUCGUCCGUCUGCAUCUCAAAAAUUUACUGUUGGCACAAAUAGAAAAGCUUUUGCAAAUCUCCCAGCUGUGCCUGUGAUUAGGUUUGCUGAUGUCUUCGUAUUCAGGUUCUGUCCGCAGGUCACUUCUGUUCAAUUAAUGAGUAAACUUUUCCCUAACAUAUUGGAUGUGACUGUUACUCAGAUGGGCACCAAACACCCAUCUUAUGCUUCCUUCCAUAUCCGGCUGCCAACUGCUCUACUGGAUGAUGUGCUUCAACCAACUUUUUGGCCUGAAGGGAUCAGUACCAAUUUUCUUUUAGACUCACUGUCUUUUGGUUUUUACCAAAAUUGCCGUGGUCUCCGAACUAACAUUAAUUUUAAUGUUCCCGGUGCUAAUUUGCACAACUUUUCUCCUUUCCGGGUCCCGUUCUGUGCGACAAAUUAUUUAUACAAUGAACCCAUUUUGAGUAUUAUGAUAUUAGCUAAUGGAUCCAAUUGCAUCUAA